UUGUUCGUUCGCUCGCUCACUCGCUCGCUCGCUCCAUCUUGUUGUUUUUGUUCAGUUGCUUCCCCAUUCCAAUCAGAAAAACGAACAGCAACAACAACUACACAGAGAUAAUCGCAGCGGUGCCAAAAGUUUGGCGUCCUGUGUCGAGUAUUCAGUUGACUUUUGUCCGUUUCUACGCGAAAUUGCAGUCACGUCGCGUGCGGUGUAAAAUGGUGUAAAUGCUGAAAAGCCGUCGCCAAAUGUGAGAAUUGUAAUUAAUGCAAUAAAUUCAUAAUACUUUGUAUAUAAAUAAACAUAUGAGUGUGAUCGACAGCAGACCAAUCAAGUUACUUGUCAUUUAAUUUGUCGUCCUUCCGUAGUGGCGAUUAGUUGACUUUUAAUAUUCAUCGGAAUCGGAUUUUGCGUGUCGCCUUUUAUCAGUGUUUCUAUUGUUAAUUAUGUGUUUAAUGCUGUUCGUGAGCGUAUUAUGCAAAUUUUGUUUCGUUAUUUUCGCCAACAUUAUGCAAAUGUAUCUAAGAGUUGUGCCGCGUAUCUAAAUACACACUCGUAUCUCUAUCGCUUCAUCAGUGUAUAUCUGUAAGUGUCGUGUCAUUUAUGGCAUAGUGCAACAGCAGCAACAACUAAUUAAAUUUAUGUGCACUCGAAUUUCACAUCCAUUCGAAUCGGUUUGAAUAUCUGAGCGGAGAAACAAAACGAUUUGCUGUCGAACAAUAAAUGUGCUUUAAAAGCAAUUAAAAUUCGUAAAACCACAAAAAAAAGGCUAUUAAGUAUAAUAAACCCCACUUCAUUUGCAUACAACUUCAACAUCAUCACAACCAAGCAACAACAAACAAUUGGAUCGAACGAUAUUCAGCAUUAUAAAGAAAAUCCACAUCGGAUCAGCAGUCGACGCGCGAUUAUCCGCAGUUCAGCGGCGACUAUCACAACGUGCAGCUGCAGGUGGCCGCCGUCGCUGCCAGCUCCAAGAUGUAUCACAGCAGCAGCGCCGCGGCAGCUGCCGCCUAUACGGAUCUGGCCGCUGCCGGAGGCGCUGCCAGCGUGUCUGGCUACCAUCAUCAGCAGGCUGUAAAUGCACCCGUCUAUGUGCCCUCAAAUCGCCAGUACAACCAUGUGGCGGCCCAUUUCAGCAGCGCUGCUGCCGCGCAGAAUGCCUGGACAACGGAUAGCUUUGGCUCGGCGCAUGCCCAACUGCCGGCACAGUUCUACACACAGAAUGCCGUGAUGAUGGCGCCGUGGCGCAGUGCCUACGAUCCCACGGGAUUUCAGCGAUCUUCGCCCUACGAAAGCGCAAUGGAUUUUCAGUUUGGUGAGGGACGCGAAUGUGUCAACUGCGGUGCCAUCUCGACACCGCUCUGGAGACGCGACGGUACCGGUCACUAUCUAUGCAACGCUUGCGGAUUGUAUCACAAGAUGAACGGCAUGAACAGGCCGCUGAUCAAGCCCAGCAAGCGACUGGUGAGUGCAACUGCCACACGUCGCAUGGGUCUGUGCUGCACCAACUGUGGAACACGCACCACAACCCUCUGGAGGCGCAACAAUGACGGCGAGCCGGUGUGCAAUGCCUGCGGGCUGUACUUCAAGCUGCACGGUGUCAAUCGGCCAUUGGCUAUGCGCAAGGAUGGCAUUCAGACCCGCAAGCGAAAACCUAAGAAAACAGGCAGCGGCUCAACUGCAAGUGGAGCAUCGGGAUCCGGAUCUACUGCUGAGGCCAUCAAAGAGUGCAAGGAGGAGCAUGAUCUUAAGCCCACGCUUAGCCUGGAACGGCACAGCUUGAGCAAGCUCCACACGGAUCUAAAGAGCUCACUGGCGAGUAGCACUGCCAGCAGUCUCAUGAGUCAACAUCAUGCCCAACAGCAGCAGCAGCAGCAACAACAGCAGCAACAGCCACCACCGUCACAUCAGCAAUGCUUUCCUCUCUAUGCCCAGCAACAGCAGCAACAGCAACUGCAACAACAGCAGCAGCAGCAGCAACAGUCGCAGCAUCCUCAGCACAGCCAUCAGUCGCAAUUGAAUGCGAGGCAGUUGCACGGGGCCGCAUCACAGCUGUAUACACCCAGCAGCAGCUCGGCCGCCUCUGCCUACACGACGCACAGUAGCAAUGCAGCUGACACGCCGACACUAAGCAAUGGCACGCCCUCGCCUCACUAUCAGCAUCAUCAUUUGCAUGCCGCAGCCACGGGCAGCUCGCACGGUCAUCAUGCAGCGGCGGCACAUCAUCACAUACAUGCCGCUGCUGCAGCCGCUGCUUAUGGAGUCAAAACGGAGGCAAGUGCCACCAACUAUGACUAUGUGAACAAUUGUUACUUUGGCGCCUCGUUUGGAGCACUGGGUGGAGCUGCCACAUCGGCGAUGGCAGGUGGCGCGAGUAGCGAACUGGCCGGAUAUCAUCAUCAGCACAAUGUCAUACAGGCAGCCAAACUGAUGGCCACAUCCUGAGCAGCUUGGCGACCUGUGAUCUCUUACACAAAACACAUACAACACAACACCAUCGUUGAAGCUUCGUUGGAUUGGUAUUGAAAAGACUUUUGAAUUUAGUUUAGCAAUAGUUGUAUAAGUUGUAAUUAGUUUUUAUGGCCUGUAAAUAACUGCGCGAUAGUUUGAGUUUUGUACAAAUAUUUGUUUGUUUAUCGCUUCGUUCCGUUUCUGUUUCCUCUAGCUUACGUAAGUAUCCACAACCAGAAGUAAGGUAAAUAGCUCUUAAAAUCCAUUGUAAAGUGUUUUUGCAUUAAUCUAUUUCUCGUAUUAGCAUAAAUUAUCCACAACAUAUAUAUAUUAAGCGCACACAAUCAUUAGAUCAUUUAGCCAUAUGUCUAGCAAGUUAAUUCCAUGCAUAUUAUGAACUAAAUAAAUAAAAUUAUCAUUGAAAAGAUUAU